AUGAAACGGUCAUAUUCAAACCAAAAUAAAAGUGAUAAUGUCUUCAUUUAUAUGUAUAAUCCAUCGCUCGAGCCUACUCCUAUGCCUAACAUCGACCUCCCUAUGCAAUCAUUAAACUGUGUUGAUACCACUGAAAUCAACGAAGUUAAUGAGAUAAAUCAUCUUGAAAAUUUGGUGAAUGAGCAUACCAAUG